AGUGUUGGAACGCGUGGUGGUGAGCCGCUCGCGAACAAUACUACCGGCGGUGUGUCCUGACUCCGCUUCUUCGGUGCCUAGUGCGCCGCUCGUGACUGCCGCCCUGCCCCAGAAAUGUGUUCUCGGUGUUUCUGAGUGAGUGCUCUCGUGUGUGAUCACAAGGAAAAAUGUCUAAGGAUAGGAGCAAAGACGCAGAAGCGUAUGACCGGGAAUAUGAUGCGUUUCUCAAGCAGCUUGAGGAGUUUCAUCAGCAGAGGGGGACGCCCUUCAAGCGGCUCCCCCGCAUCAACGGCAAGGGAGUGGACCUGUACCUGCUCUACGUGGUGGUGACGGCGCGCGGCGGCUGGCAGAAGGUCAAUGCUCGUUGCGAAUGGGACGAGCUCCUUGAAGAUUUCCGCCUCCCAGCUGCUUGUGUGAAUUCUGCCACAGCGCUGAAACAUAUUUAUAUUAGAUACCUUGAUGCAUAUGAGCGUAUCAAUUUUCUUGGCGAAGAUGGCGAAGAACGUGGGACAGAGAUGGACGACGGGGAAGACUCCCGAUCCAUGCGAGCCAAACGUACAAUCAGAUCUCUUAACACUGUGCCUCUCUCGUAUAACCACCAACAGCACAAUGUUGUAGAAGCUAUAAGAGUUGGUGCUGGGCUGUCUUCUGCACUAUACAGGCCUUCUCCAUAUGAUAAACUCGCACUUUCCCUCAUCUCGCCGAUGCCCAAUGAGCAUGACUUUGCCUUCAAUGUGUGCACCAUAUUGAGCAACGAAGGACGCCAUGUUCUGCAGCUUGGUCAAUACCCACGAUUGGUGGAGCACAUGCUAGCCCAUGCUGGUGUAUACAGAGACUGGGAAACGCAGAAAUAUUUCUUGACAAACUACAAAGAAGCAAAAGGCCGGAGCCUAGUGCAGUUUUGGAUUGAUUCAGUGGAAGAUCGUACAGUGUUAGACUUGCUGACACCCGAGAGUUUCGAGAAAAUCAGUAGUCGAGCUUUGGACACUAGCAAGACAAAUGAAUUGGAAGAAAAUACUGGUGCUAUAAAUAAUAAUAUUGCCCAUAAUCUUAACAGUGAUAUUUUGGAAACUUUAAAUAAUAAGGAAAAUUUUGUACUUGAAGGAACCAGUGAUUUCUUAUUAAAUGAUUCCUGUCUAUUAAGUGAAUCAAAAUCAGACUUAGUGAAAUCAGUGAGUAGUGGAAGCAGAGAAGCACUUGAUGAAAGUGAAAAAUUAACAAGUGAAGAAGCACAGCUUUCAAAGAAGGACUUGUUAUUAAGAAGAUUAGAAAAGGUUUUAGAGAUAGAAGGUAGUGACUUAAAAUUGGGAAAGGAAGAUGCAGAGCUAUUUCAUCUGGGAAGAGAUCUUGGACAGCAGGAUGGAGAGGGUACGCGGAUCAGCCAGAUCCUGCAUAUCAUCCGUAACUUAUCCUUCGAGGAGCAUAAUGUCUCCCCACUAGCCAGGUCUCAGACAUGCCUCAGGUUCUUAGUUUUGUGUAUGUGUUCACAAUGGGGUGGACUUGCAGUAAAUGCCCUGGAUACCUUGGGUAACAUUGCACCUGAAGUUUCUCUGCGGGAUCCAAAGAUUGACUCUUGUACAGCAUCAUUGAUAACUCACAUCUGCAAUGGUGUGUCCUCUCCAGAUCGAGCAUUUGUUCUCAGAUCUCUGGAAGUCCUCAACAAAUUAGCCAUGAAUGAUCCCAACGAGGAAAUUCUCAAUAACAAUAUUGAUCCUGCUGUGUAUGGACAAAUAUGUAGAUAUCUUACCAUCCAUGACAUCAUGCUGCUAAUUUACACCUUAGAAUGUCUAUACUCUCUGUCAUCUCUGGGAACACCUGCUUGCAAUGCCAUUGUCCGUGCAAAAGGGUCAAUACAUACACUUAUAUCGUUAUUGACGGUUGAAGCCCAAAGUUACGGACCAGAAGCUUGUAUUGGAAUGAAGGUUGUGGAAACAGUGACUGGUGUAGUGAGUGAGCCAGAGCCCGUAAAUCCACCACCACCACCACCUACACCGACUGUGACGCCAAACCUGCCAACUCCUACGAUCACAGUACAGACGGGUACUGUUGUCCCAGCCACAGCCAUAGCUGUUGCUGCUCCUGCACCACCGGCUGUGCAGCAGGUCACUCAAGUCACCCCUAAACCUCCUAUCACGCCUAUUACAGGGGACCCAAAGAAACUAGCUAGCAGAAUUGUUCCUCCUGAUGUUGAAGAGUUUGUAAUGGAAUGGGUAACAAAAAAUUACGAAGCUGCUCCAGGGAAAGCAAUUGAACAGGCGAUUGUUUAUCGUCAUUUUGCAGCUUCAAUGCAGUCUUUGGGUCGUAAACAAGGCUUGAAUCCAGUUCUAUUAUCAAAUUGUGUCCGGAAAGUUUUUGGAACUGGAGUUGGACCAAGUCGAAGACCUGUGGAUGAUGGUGCAGAAAAAUGGCAUUAUAAUGGUAUCAGGAGACGUGAUGGUGUAGUAGUCCCACCUGUACCAGAUAAGAAAAAGGGAGGAAGAAUAACAACAGGGACUGUUCCAAUGUACAGUCCCACACCAGUCUUGCCAGCCAUUAACACUGUCGGUAACCAGGUGUCAAUACCUCUGACUGGUUCAACAGCACAGAUAGUCACUGUAUCUGCUCAAUCUGACGGCAUUGUGUCCCCAUCGUCGCCUAUCCUGAAGGCCCAGCUAUCUGCGCCCCUCAGACCGUCCCCACCUCCACCUCAGCCUGUUGUAAGAGGAACUCAGGCCAUGGUGACUGGUACCAUGCCUCAGGGUGUGUUUAGCAGUCCACAGCAGCAACAAUCCCAACAGCAGUCUCCUCAGCAACCUCAGCAAACCAACAGAUCAGAUAAUUCAGCCCUUAUCAAGAGUCUUUUGGCCAACAAGGUGUCAAGAAACCUGCAGAAACAGCAGUUGCAACAACAGCAAGUAGAUAACAGCCAAGACAGCAGCAGUGACUCUCAAGUUAGAAAAACCUCAUCUUUUAAUGGAAUUUGUAAUGAGAUUAAGAGAUGUGAAGAUGACUCAAAUUCCUUCUUAUCAUCUACUCUUAACGACAAAAAGGUAACCAGUUUUGAAGGAAUUUUACAAAACGGCUUAAAAUCGGAGGUAGAUGUGAAAGAAGAGGAGGCGAACGAUGUCUCAGAGACCAAAGUAAAGAAAAAUGUGUUAGCUGAUCUGCUUGAAAAGACAGUUGGGGGAGACAUACUGAAUGGUGUGGUUGAUAGAGACUUAAGAAUCAGUGACAAGGGUCUAGAGUUUGUAAAUCACGGACAGCAAGUGAAAGUAAAUGGUCCAGUGGCCACAAAUGGACAGUCUAGUAAUGAAUCAACCCAGGGUGGCAUUAAGAGACCUGCAACACCUGAUAAUGCUCCAGCAAAGAGAAUUGCUAUCGAAGAUCCAAGAGGAGCUCCUGGCAUGGAUAGCCGAAUAACAUUAUAUGUCAGUCAGAAUGGAAGUGAAAGUGGUGAAGUUAUAUCUCAGGGUCACCAGGUGGUUUUGAGUCAAGGACAGCAGGCUCCUUCGGUGAAUCCUGCCCAACCACAACAAAUGGUUGUAAGUCAGGCUGUGCUUGCUGGGCAGCAAGUGGGUACAACUCAGACGAUGGUGACACCUCAAGGCCAGGUGAUUCUCCAGCGACCAAGUACACAGACUGGAGUCAUUGUGCAACAAGGUGGACAGAUCUUGACGCAAGGAGCAGCUGCGGGGCAAGUUAUUCAACAAGUCAUCCAACAGGGACAGUCAGGACCACCACAGAAAGUGAUCCUUCAUCAGGGUCAGCUUGGGCAGGUGCUGGGUGGGCAAGUUAUUCUUUCGCAAGGAACUGGUGGCCAACACCAAGUGAUGGUGCAAGGAGGUAAUAAUAUUCAGGGACAAGUGAUAAUGCAGGGUGUACCACAUUGUCAGGGACAAGUGUUUGUGCAAGGAAGUAAUGCGCAAGGCCAAUUUGUUGUGAGUGGGAAUCAGAAUCAAACUGUAGUGGUUCCUGGAACACAAGGACAACAGCAAGUUGUAGUGUCUAGUGCGCAAGGGCAGACUAUGAUCGUUGCAGGAAAUCAAGGUCAGCCUGUUGUAGUUAGUGGUCAACAAGGAGGAAGUGGGCAAGUGGUGGUGCCAGGAAAUGUAGGAGGUACAGUCCUGCUAGCACCUCAGCAACAGGGCUCCACAGCGAAGACACUAAUAAUUUUACCCAACCCAAAGAUGGUUAUCUCUGGUAACCAGCACCAAGGGGGCCAGAGCCAACAGCUGGUGCUACCAAGACAAGUGGCUGGUCAGCAAGUUGUGCAGGUAGUUUCAUCGGGAGCUACAGUACCUGUUGCUACUGUAACCAGUGCUAUGAGAACAGUCAGGGCAGCCACACCUAUAGCAGAUGCGCGUGCCACACCAACUCCUCCCCCUGUCCAGUUUCAGAGUAAUAAUAGUAACAGUAAUAGUAAUAACAUCAGUAGUAGUUCAACUACAGCAGUGUACAGUGUUCAGACACCAGCUUCCUUACCUGCUGCCAUAGCACCUGCCCCAGCAGGUCCUACAGCUGUCCCAGUGUCUCAGACCUCUGUGAGUCAGGGGCCACAGACACCCCAUGUUCCUGCCCCGCAGGUGCUCUCCUCAGGUGUUGCAAGGCGCCCAGGAAAUCCUAGUGGCUUACAGUACAUAUGUGAAUGGCGGGGGUGCAACCAAGUGUUCAGCAGUGCAGGCCAAGUAUAUCAUCAUGCAUGUAAAGUGCACUGCCCUCCUCACAUCCAUGAAAUACAGUGUGGAUGGUCUGGAUGUGAUACCAUGACAAGAAGGAGAUUUAGUGCCAUGACGCAUCUUCACGACAGACACUGUAAUGAGCAGUUAUUACAGAUCUUGGCAGUUAGACGGUCACAAUUAGCUGCUACGGGAAAGACGGAGAUACCCAUCCCCCAAGCACCUCCUCCCCAUCCGGGAUAUGCACCUAAUGCUGCCUUCCAUGCCAUCAAAAGACACGCUCUCGAAGUUAUCAACCAGAGAGAUGCGGUGGAAAAAGAAGGGCCUGUAACAAAAAGUAUUCGAUUAACCUCAGCUCUGAUCUUGAGAAACCUAGUCAUAUACUCUAAUACCGGGAAAAAGUUAUUGCGAGGCUUUGAGUCUGAGCUAGCAAAUGUCGCCCUUAGUACAAUGGAGUCAUCACGAACAGUGGCCCAGAUCCUCUAUGACAUCCGCCUUCCUGAUCAUCAGGGCAUUUAAACUGCCAGAUUCAUCCAUGGACUUUUUAAAUACCUAUUGAACCCUUAAUCUCACGAGUUAAGUGGAAUUAACAGUCCUGAAGAAAAUAAAUGGCUGUUCUUUUGACUUAAUUGUGGGGAGACUGCUCUGAGGGCCAACACAAGUGUUCAAUGCUAUCCACAGUAUGGUGUGUAAAACUCGCUGUUCACUAAAGUUGAGUGGUUUUGAGUGCGAUUAAAUGUCAUACAAGGAGGAGUCCAAAAACUUGGGCACAUUAAGCAGUGCAAUUAUUAAAUAUUCUUUCAUUAAAUUGCUUACAAUGAUGGGUAGUUGAGUAAGAAUGAGCGUUAUUUAUUUUGUAUUGUGCCAGUGACUAGGUGGAAGUUGAAAUCCUUGCUUGUCGGAGACCUGCCUUGUAGUUUCUCAUUCCUUAUGUUAGAAAUUUGCAUUUAGGUCGUUGAUAUCAUUGUAUGGAAGUCAAACUUUGUGGUAUCAUUUUUACUAUUUAUUUUUUAAUUAGCACGUUUCAAAUUUUAAGUUUCAGAGCUUAUGUAGAUAAUGUCCGGAUGCAGUGUUUUACUGCCUAGAUGGUAAUUUUAAUGAGUAAUCUCAACUUGCUAAAUUUUGCUCUAUAUGACUAGUUUAGCAUGAUGGUGGAUCUGUCAGCACAAUUUUGUAAAUUUUGUACACAGUGUAUAAAUACCAUAACUUCUGUACAUGUAGACUGUAGUGGAAAAAAAUUCUUCUGCUAAAAGCAAGUUAAAGACAAGUUUCCUCCAGUACACAUGCUUAGGAGAGGCAGCUGAAGGCAGUGGUGCCGAGUGCCCACACAAGGUCCAGCCAGAUGUAAAUGGGUUUCAUAUGUAGAUAUAUAUAUGGGCCUUUUAGAAAACCUGUGAAAAUUCAUAAAAGGAGAAAGUUGUGAUACCAAAUAUAUAAAUCUUGUUUUUUUAAUAGAAAACUUGAAAUCUACGUGAAGACUAAUUCUAUUUUCUAUCAUUAUUUGUAGAAUCAUAGAUGGGUAGCAUAUUAUUUUUUACCAGUUUAACAUGUAUGAUGCAGACACUGGCCAAUGAAUAAUGAUUUUUUAAUAAUCGAUUAUGUUACUUGAGGAGCAUAUACUCUGUGCAUCAAAAUAUCAGUUAGUUCAGAUUAUAAAUUAGGUGAGGAUACUUGUACAUUUUUAUCUAUAUUGUUAUGCCGUCUUGAAAUGGGAUUCACUAUUAAAUCUCUGUACCUGAGUCACAUGAUACACUAAUAAAUCAUUGUUUUGAUGUUUAAUGUUCUCAAAGUCAAGCCAGAAACCUGGUGUCACAAACUGUUAGAGAGACCCCAGUUUAGUGGUGAUAGCCAGGGCUUUUACAGUAACAAGUCUGUGUCCAGCCAGAUCUGCUGCUGCCAUUCACUUACUUGCAUGACCAAAAUGUUGAAACUUGGAGUUUUGUUUUGCACAUGCAUUGGCUAGAUGUGUGUGCAUCUGUGUGCGAGCGGUUGUAUGUCUGUGUAUGUGUGAAUGAUACAUCACUAUUUGUUAUUGCUCACAUCAGCACCAUCCAGCUAUGUUCACGUGCCAUGUGUAAACAAGUGAAUGUGGCCAAAAGGUUUUUUGGAAAAUCAUCCAUUAGUCCAAUUUUUUUUUGUUUUCUUUUUUUUUCCAAUAAAAAAAAAAAAAAA